AUGGCCAGAGAGUUUAUGCUUCAACUGGCCUUUCUAAUCCUAACUUUGUCUAUUCUUUACGUUGUGCACAAUCUUCGCAAACGGCCUCCUCAACUCAGGUUUCGCAACAGAACCCGAGAUAACCACCAAUCGAACCGCCAUCUCGUCCAGGGAUCCCGCCUCCUGGCUCGAGCCAGAUCCAUCUCCCAGAGACCUCAAACGAUGGCCCAUGCCAGAAACGCUAUAAUUGAAGCAGACCAAGCUCUUUCUCUCUCACCCAGGGACCCCGCAGCUCACAUCCUUAAAGCUCUCGCUCUCGAUCUCAUGGGUCACCGCACUGCUGCACUCAGGUCUAUGGACUCCGCUCUGUCCACGCCGCACGUCAAGUCACUAUCGGCGGCCGAACACGUGGACGCACUAGUGAAGAGGGCGGAGCUGAAGCUGGCGGUGAAUCGACGGCGACGAGUUGACUCGGCGGUUGAAGAUCUGGUUGAGGCGGUGAGGCUGAGUGAGGGGAGGAACACGGCAGCGUUGUGUUCAUUGGGGGAAUGUUACGAGUGGAAGGAGAUGAAAGAGAAGGCCAAGGAAGCGUUUCAGAGAGCCUUGGAUCUUGAGCCUGAGUCCGUUAAGGCUCAUAAUGGAUUGGAUCGAUUGGGCCCGUAA